AUGCAUAUUCAAUCUUUUUUGCUACCUCAAUGGAAAUGGUUUGUUGACUAUGCAAAUGUGGGAAAUCGUAUAUGGCUAGCAUGGAAUGAUAAUGCUAUUGAUGUUCAUAUUCUUGAUUUGGGUGAACAAUACAUACAUUGUCGUGUCACGAAUAGGGCUGACAAUGAAAUUGUUAUCAUUACUGUUGUUUAUGGUGCUUCUAAAGUGAUUGGUCGACGGGCCCUAUGGAAUUCUCUACAAACCCUUGCCCCACAGUGCACGGACGUUCCAUGGCUGGUGGGAGGGGAUUUCAAUGCAGUCCGCGAUAUUAAUGAGGUGUGUGGCAUCUCGGGAGAUAUAAGGAUUGCUAUGGAAGAUUUCAACAAUUGUAUUCAGGAAGCUGGAUUGUUGCCAAUGCCUAUGCAAGCUGAAUGGUAUACUUGGCACAAUUGCAGCAUGUCUACGAGGAGCCUAUGGAAACGAUUGGAUAGGAUACUCAUCAAUGAUCGCUGGCUCGCACGGUUUCCUACCUCAUCAUAUCAUAGCCUUACACCCCGUACUUCGGACCACUUGCCGUUGGUCUUAUUUGGGGAUUCACAACAUCAUAAUAAUGGAGCUGUCAAGAUAGAGCAAAUUAUGCUACAGCAAAGAGCUAAGAUGCAGUGGAUGAAGGGGGGUGACCAAUGUUCCAGGGUUUUCUUCCGCAAGAUCGCUCAAAGAAGGGCGGGGAGGAGGAUCUUGCAGAUCAAUGAUGAAAAUGGAAGCACUCACACAGAACCGGAGGAGGUUAUACAUGAGUUUGUAUCCUAUUAUCAAAACCUCUUAGGAGGUAACAGACGUCAAAUAUUGGUGGAUAUUAAGGGCCCGUUUGGUUAUGUUUUCAUUUUCAUUUUCAGUUUCCAACAUUUGAAAAUGGGUAGAAAUGCUGUAUUAGUUUUUGUGCGAAAACUGAGAAUAUGUUUGGAUUAG